CAAGAAUUGCCAAUAGGAGAUGAAGGCAAUCUCACCUUAUCCACACGCCAACCACAAUCUUUAAUUACAACCAUCAUCACACACCCUUCUUCCUUACAACUUAACUUCACUCUCAUCAUAUCACAGAACUACCAAUCCACAUGGCUGCAAUGAACUCAAGUGUAUUGGCUUGUACCUAUUCCAUAUCUGCUGCCGUUUCUUCUGACCUCAAUGCUAAGCUCAUUUCCGUUCCAUCAACAGGGGUCUCUGCUUCCAAGUUGCCUCUCAUCAAAGCUCAGCAACUCAGAAUUUCUGAAUCAAAAGAGUCUAGAGGAAGUGAUGGAAGGAGAAACGCUCUUGCUUUAUUGGCAGCUACCCUUUUCACAACUGCUGCUGCAGCCUCUAAUGCUAAUGCUGGUGUUAUUGAAGAUUACCUUGAAAAGAGCAAGGCCAACAAGGAAUUGAAUGACAAGAAGAGGUUAGCCACUAGUGGAGCAAACUUUGCAAGAGCAUAUACAGUGCAAUUUGGUACUUGCAAGUUCCCUGAGAAUUUCACUGGUUGCCAAGAUCUUGCUAAACAGAAGAAAGUACCAUUCAUUUCUGAAGAUUUGGAUAUUGAAUGCGAAGGGAAGGACAAAUACAAGUGUGGUUCUAAUGUUUUCUGGAAAUGGUGAAAAGUGACAACAUUUUCUUCCCUUAGUGUUGUUCUCUUUCAAAUGUAUCCAACUUCCCCUUGAUAAAAUACCAUAUUCUUCUGCAUUGUUGCUGUUAUUGGUUUUAAUUCAAAUGGUUAAAACAUGUGUAGAUUAGGCUUCUCUCCUUUACAUAAUUAAUCAAUGUUAAACUGCAUGUGGUUUGAAUUUUAA